GCGCUAUUGUUUGGUGCAGCAAUCUUUGCAUUAUUGAUUGCUUGUAAACUUAAUGCUCACUUUACCAAAUUCGUCGAUAGCGAAGACACCAGUGACAGUGAAAGUAAUCGCCGUGAUGUUUCACCAAUUCGUGAAAAAGAAGAAAAUAACGAUUUAGAUCGUCCAAGCAAUCAAACUACUUUGGAAUUAGCGCGCAGUCGACGUCUGGGAAAAAAUAGGCGAACGGUGGACUGGGUUCGCGAUGCUCGGAAAAUUUGUCGCCAGUUAAUGUUUCAAAAAUCAAAUUAUCUACCAAUAUCAGCGGAUAAUGGCGAACACCUUUUUUCACAGAGAACACCCAUAAAACGUCGACAUUCCAAUGUUGGUCCACUGCAGCUUGCACGUGCUGCCAAAGACUUCAUUGUUCAUGGUAGUAAUGCGAAAUUCCAGCGACAGCUUUCUGAAAUGACAAAAAGAACGUUACCUAAACCUCCUUCUCAGUUUUUUGAGCCUUCUGAAGUUCCCAAUGUUCCACAAAAUGAAAAACCAGAAGUGUAUUACGUUUUACACAAUAUUAAGAUGUUAGAACUGCCAUCAGAAUGGUAUGCACAAUGGAAAGAUCUGGCGGUAGUAGAAUAUAGAGAGAAUGAUUAUCUGAUUAGACCUGGUGAUAAAGAUAACUGCAUCAUUGUUGUUUUGGAAGGAAUCAUUGCUGUCUUUAUAACGCAUACUGAAGGAAAAGAACUUAUGGUUCGGAAAAUUACAGUUGGUGAUAGCUUCUUCAGUCUUUUGUCGAUUUUGGAUGUUUUGAUGAAUCAUGAAAUAACUUUUCGAAAUAUAUCAGUGAGAGCAUUGACUGCAUGUCGAAUUGCCAAGUACAGCACGAGCAGUUUUCGGGAUUUAUUUGUCAAGAAUCCCAAAUCUUGGGUUCGGCCAAUUCAAAUUGUCUUAACACGACUGCUACAUGUUACUUUGACGACACUUCACCAAUAUCUCGGCUUGAGCAUCGAAUUAGCAAAAAAACGUCCUGAUGAAAGGCGUAAUAUCGAUGAGCGUCAUCGGCAUCAAGCUGGAAACACUUGUUCAGUUCGUCUGCAGGCCAAAAUGCGACCGCGUGUUUGUCGUUUAAAUAGUAUUGAUGAUUCGAAGGAAUAUAUGGCGACAGCACAGCGAUGGUUUGCUGAAACACUUCACCUAGGUGUUAGUGCUGAAGCGACAGCACUUUUUGCGGGUCGUAUAACCAUUGAGAAUGUCCCCGAGAAACAUCUUAUUGUAGAGCAAAAUUCUGAAGAGGAGAUGUUAAUUUUAGUUCUCAGUGGUCUUCUAACUAUUUCACAGGAGCCGAUUGAUGGUGAGGAUGAAAAUAUGGAUGAGGAACAUAUUUUAAUAUAUCCACGCGAACUUAUCGGUGGAUUACAAUUACUUACUGGUGAGCCAUGUUUGGUUGAUAUCCAUCCGGAAAUCGUAUUACCAGUCGCACAUUCAGUUAUUCGACGAUUGAGUUCUUUUGUUCGAAAUGUAGAUUUUGCUAUUGACUGGGUAUUGCUUGAUUCCGGACAGGCUGUAUACAAAAGUGGUGAUGUAGCCGAUUCAAUAUUCGUCCUUUUAAGUGGGCGACUUCGAUCUGUGGAAGACAAGAAAAUAAUCGAAGAGUUCGGACGCGGCGAUGUUUUAGGGAUGAUUGAGGUCCUGCAGCGGGUACCGCGUGCCACCACUGUACUUGCAAUUCGUUUUUCACAAUUAGCACGACUUCCUGAAGGCCUUUUGAAUUUCAUUAAAAUAAAGUUCCCUCAGGUUGGAUUUCGCCUUGUCCAUUUGCUGGGUCAGUAUUACACUUCAUCGAUACAAAGUACAUCUACAUUUAGAUGUGGAUACAAGGAUAUUUCAAUAACAACAGGAGAUCAACAGAGUCACAUAAAGAAUUUACAUACCAUUGCGGUAGUAGCUGCAACACCCGAUGUGCCGUUAACUGCAUUCACGUGUGAACUAUAUCACGCUCUUACUGCAAAUUUGCUGGUUCUGCGGUUGAGCAGCCAGAAAAUAGCCGAAUUGUUGGAUGUCAGCGUACUGGAAAAGCAAGCAGAUUUUCGUCUUAUGCACUGGCUUAAUUUGCAAGAAGAUACUUAUCCUUUAAUUAUUUAUGAAUGUGACACAAGCGCUACAAGUUGGACACGACGUUGUCUUCGUCAAGCAGAUGCAAUAUUGUUCAUUGCAAACGGCGAACAAAAGCCACUGCAACAGUCAUUAAUGGAUGAUUAUUUGAACAUGAACGAGGAUGGUAUUCGAACAAACAAGGAACUGAUCCUUCUUUGGAAUGAAAAAACCGUGGAACCACAAGGAACGAUUGAAUGGCUAAAAGGAAGUUGGUUUUCGGGUCACCAUCAUAUCCGUAUUGAUAAACGGAUGGUACAAUGGGACUUGAAGAAGGUAUCUGAAUCCGACAUUGUGUCCUUCUAUGAAAAAAACAUUUAUGGUGGAAAGGUUGACAAUGGAUCAGAUUUUUCAAGGCUAGCUCGAAUACUGACUGGAAAUGCAAUUGGUGUUGUGCUGGGUGGAGGUGGCGCAAGAGGUGCAGCUCAUGUUGGUGUGUUGCGUGCAAUACAAGAACAUGGUAUCCCAAUCGAUAUGAUAGGAGGAACAUCUAUUGGGUCUAUGAUCAGUGGUUUGUACGCUCAAGAGGUUGAAGGUGUAGAGCAGAGAGCGAAAAGUUGGUUCAUGAUGAUGGCUUCCAUCUGGCCAAAAAUAUGGGAUUUAACAUAUGCACAUUCAGCGAUGUUUACUGGUGCCGGUUUCAAUCAUGGUCUUCAGAAUUUAUUUAUGGAUUCAUCAAUCGAAGAUUUGUGGAUACCAUAUUUUUGCAUAAGCACAGAUAUAAGCAAUUCGGAAAUGCGGGUUCAUCGAACUGGUCCAUUAUGGGCUUAUUGUCGAGCAUCGAUGUCGUUAGCAGGUUAUCUUCCUCCGCUCUGUGAUCCAGUAGAUGGUCAUCUGUUGUUAGACGGUGGUUAUGUCAACAAUUUACCAGCGGAUAUCAUGCAAUCUAUGGGUGCUAAAAUAGUAAUCGCGGUGGAUGUUGGUUCUGCUGCGGAAACAAAUUUAUAUAACUACGGUGAUUCAUUGAGCGGAUUUUGGGUACUAUUGAAAAAGUUAAAUCCAUUUGCUGAACCAGUCAAAGUUCUGAAUAUGGAAGAAAUACAAAGUCGUUUGGCUUAUGUCUCUUGUGUGCAACAGCUACAAUUGGUAAAAAAUGCGGGAUACUGUCAAUAUAUACGACCGCCUAUCGAGGAAUUCAAAACCUUAGAUUUUUAUAAAUAUGAUGAAAUACGUGAUCUCGGCUACAAACAUGGUGUGAAGGAAUUCGCAGAAUUAGUGAAGACAAAUGAAGAUUUGAAGAGUGUUAUUGAUGCUGAGAAGUUGCGCUCACUGAAACGACGUUAUUGGGGCCGUGAACCUUCGAAAUUGGUUGCAUAUGAUCGUGGCCGUGCUUCAUCAUUCACUAAUCUUGCUGCUCAGGUGUCAAGAGUUCCUAAAGUACGUGAAAAGAGCAGUUUAAAUGACGAUGAAAUUGAGGAAGAUGGGCUGUCGGAUGUUUGGUGGGAUGAGGAGGAGGAAGAAGAACCAGACGUACAGUCGCAGCCAGCAUAUAAUUCUGAAGAUGUUGAAUCUAUUGAAGCAGGUUACAUCAGUGAACCUUGCACUACUUAUCAAAGUAAAUACACAUUCAGUAGUGAAGAUGAAGUAAGCAUUGAUAAAAGUAAUGAUGAAAAUAAUCGAAAACGGAUGACCACUUUAUCUGAAGUGAGUCGGAACUGUGAAGAGAAGAGUGAAAUGCAAAAGGUAUUAAAGAAAACAUCUGUCGUACGAUUUGGAUUGUCGGAAUCACCAGUUAGCGAUAAGCUACAUGAAAAUCAAGAUGUAACGCUUAGAAGUUGA